AUGAGUGCGCCGGUGCGGAAGUGGCUGCUGCUGCUGGUGCUGGCGCUGCUCGGGGGGCGCGGAUUUUGUUUCACGCAUUGGAUGGUCACUGACGACGGCCUCACAAUACAGUCCGUUUCCGAUUCGCCGUACCAUAUGGCGCAGCCGCAUUCGCUGGUGCAGUUUCUGGAGCAGGAGCGGAAGCUGGACGCCAUUGCGCAGUCUCGCAGCUUCAUCACCGAGCAGGAGAAAAAUAUCUAUGCUCAUGAAAAUGCGGACGAUCCGGAGCUGGAGAGCAAAAUUCGCGCAACAGACAGGAACUGCAUAAUGGGAGGAAGCUUGACUGCAAGCAAAGAUGCUUUUCUGACAUCCUAUUCGCUCGGCAAAUUAAACGACGACAUGGAGCUGCUGUCCGAUGUUGAUUUUAACGUAGCUGGGGACAAGUUCACGGAAGAGCCUCAUUGUACUUAUGAUUUGAAGUACAGUGUCUAUGCUUUCGAACAUUUACCAUCAGUACAGCAACGCGAGAAUCUGAAAAUUGUUCCCGAAGCAGCAUUCGACAAACUGCUCCCUUCAAAUUAUGGGAUAGUGAAAUUUGGCCAACACGUAGCUAAAGCCUUAGCUAAGAAGAUGACAAGUGCUUCCCUUCUGCGACUGGCAGCGCUGUAUUGGAGAAUCCGGGGUGAUGCAACUGAGGCGGUGGAGUGUUUCAGGCGUGCUUUGCAUUUCACAACGAGGUGA